UUGACAACAGAUGUGUCGGCGUUUCACAGAAAUAAUAAAUCGUAUAGAGACGAUUAGAAAUCGCUUCAUAUGUACAUAUACAAAGGGCAACUCGCAUAGAAAUGGUUGUGUUAGAUAUUUAUAUCAUUCAGAAAUUACUAAGGAAUUGUUGUGUGACAUGAAUCUUAGACAACUAUGACGAAUUAAGUACAGUGCGCAAAGGGAGCUGGUGAUUUGAUGGGAUUCCAUAAACAAUCAUAUAAUAUUAAUUCCAGUCAGUCAUUGAAUGUUUCACAUGUUGCUACGUCCAUCUGAAGGGACCCUCCCUUCUCUCUUUUCCGUUCCUUUUGCACUUGACUGGUCGGCGAUGUUUACAUAUUUUAAAUAGACUUUAGGUGUGGUAGUGUAGUGACCCGAAGGAUGCAAGAACAACAGUAGAAUGGAAUAACAGGAUCAGCUCAGAGGAGUCACACUUAGGUUAGGAUGAGUAUGGAAGAUUAUGACUACCUGUUUAAGAUAGUCCUGAUAGGAAAUGCUGGAGUUGGGAAGACAUGUCUCGUCAGGCGUUUUACUCAGGGCCUUUUCCCACCAGGACAAGGGGCUACUAUUGGAGUAGAUUUCAUGAUUAAAACAGUGGAAAUCAGAGGGGAGAAGGUCAAGCUGCAGAUAUGGGACACAGCCGGGCAGGAGAGAUUUCGCUCCAUUACUCAGAGUUAUUACCGCAGUGCCAAUGCCCUCAUUCUUACAUAUGACAUAACCUGUGAGGACUCCUUCAGGUGCCUUCCAGAGUGGCUGAGGGAGAUUGAGCAGUAUGCCAACAAUCAAGUGGUGACUAUAUUAGUCGGAAAUAAAAUAGAUCUGGCAGAGAAGAGGGAGGUCCUCAGGCAGAAGGCUGAAGACUUUGCAGAGUCUCAGAGCAUGCUGUAUCUGGAGACCUCGGCCAAAGAGUCCGACAAUGUUGAGAAGCUUUUCCUUGACCUGGCCUGUGAACUCAUUCGAGAAGCCAAGCAGAAUAAGCUGGACAACACGGACUCUGCCCCAAUGCCCGGUGAGGGUAAAGCCAUCAGUUACCUGAGCUGCUGCAGUCUCAAUUAGAGAUGUCGAGAGCAUCAUCCUUUCAGCCGUGGUAACUCUGUGAACGGUGGCUAUAGAAUGAUGAUGGCUGAGCCCCAAUGCCUCAAUCCCUUUUAGGUUGUGUUCAAAUUCUUGGUUCUGUCAUAUCUAAUCCCAUGCCGUAUUUUUAAAGCUGUGAGAGGCAGUAAGUCCACUUAGGUCGGCCUUUUAGGAGCGAAUAAUUAGAAACACUACUUCAAUAAAGGACAAGACCCCAAAUGUACUCAUUUGUAGACCAUAUACAGGUCUUGUAUUGACAUCUGUCUUUGAGUGAUCUGAGCAACAGCAGACAAAAAUGUAAGUCCAGGCCCAAAUGCUUCUUUAGUUGUUGUCAGAUAGAACAAUAGAAACCACAUGUAAGUGGUUUGGUGAGCCAUGCUUUAAAGCCUAUCACCUGGGCUGACAUAUUCAAAUCCACUGCCCCUCUCAAUCAUGUUAUGGGAACAUUGUUGAUUAUUAUAACUCACCAAGUUAUGCAUGACAGACUUGUAAAAAAAAGGAGUUUGAGGAGUUUAAGGAGUUUAGUGAAAAUAUCUAAGCUUAACCUAAGAGGUCAGUGGAGCUACUUUUGUUCUGCUUCAUUGCCUUCGCUUUUACAACCUGAUGGCAACAAUAUGCCAUUUCUUCUGUGUUCAAUAAAUAUUCCGUAACAUGACUGAUGUGAUCCCUUGUGGUCACAGAGGAUACAUCCAAACAUCCAUUUAAAUGCCAGGAAGGAACAUUCAUACAAUAAUGCUGCUUACGUCUAGUCAGAUCUCUCAGGACCGAUGUAAAUACCAGGUCUGAAUAGAUUAGAUUCUAGAAUCUGACAUGGGAUGGAAGUUGUCCCCUUGAUACUACAAAAAAAAGAAGAAUUUUACAAUUUUCUGCAAUUUUGGCUCAGUUUUUGUUAAACAUCAGUGUUCACCAGCAGUAUGUUGUGAGUAAAAACCAACCAGGUAUUUUGUUACAGACGCGACAAAAGCUUCAUCUUCGGAGGUCAUCAUUUAAAGUUGCAUUAUGUUUACACAUACAGAGUGUUUUACUCUUUAUGGGCAACUAACACUUAAUUACACAAUCAGUCAUUUACUGCUAGUUUCCUUUUUGCCCCCUGACAUUGGCAUAAAAUGUAAUCUACCCUCUGCGUAGUUCUUUGCACCUGUCAUUACAAACUGUGAAACAUUUCUUUCCAGUAGAUUUUUACUUGCUGCUAAAAUGUAUUUUAAUUAUGUACAACGUAACUGUUACACAUGUAAAACUACUUCACAAAAACCGUGAAAACGUUUUUUCUUAAAUAUUGCAGUUUGUUGCCGUUAGUUGCUUCUGAAUAAAGGAGGGUUAAAGCCCUGCAGAUCCUUCAAAUAGAAACAAGAGUUUUAACCACUGACCUAGGUUUGACCAUCAGCUGUUACAUUUACCCACAAAUGUUGGUAUUUCUGCAUUUAUUGUUGCUGCCUAACCUUGCUUUUUAUGACUUUUGAAGUCUUUUGUUCAAGUCAUUUUGUCGUGUGAUUUGAUUGUUUAGCAUGUUUUGCUAUUAAUUUGUAGUUUCCAAUUUUAUCUUUUAUAUUGGGCCAUAACUUUAAUGUACUGUAUUGCACAAUGCCGUGUACUGCACACUGAUUAUUUUUGUUGUAACAAUUUGUCUUUAGUUGUACAGACUUUCUGAAGUACAUCCUGGCACUUUGCUUAUUAUUUUUAGAAGAAAAAAAACCCACAAUGCAUUUAUCAUCUGUUGCUUUUACCUUAUAAACUGUUAACUGUUUUUUCUCUGCAUCUUCUUGUCAAUACAGUGUAAGAAAUACAUAGGAAGACACUA